AAACUAAAAUAUUAAAAUAUCUACAAAAAUUCUCCAAUAUGGUGUUUAAUUGCUUAUAAAAAGCCAUAUAACGUUUAAUUACACUUUGUAAUCAGAGGCACUCCCUUCAGCUCAUAAACUGUUUACUUACAUGUGUGGAAUCUCCAAAUAUCUACAAAAAUUCCAAGUUGCACUGUUGAUGUCAGUAAAAUAUAUCAUAAAACGGUUGUCUAAAAACAUUGACUUGAGAAUUUCACACCCAAUAUGGAGCCAAAAAAAUUUGUCAGAUUUCAAAGACUGAAAAAUAACCUUGUCAUUUGGUUUUGUGUCUGCAAACUUAAAUUAAUGUGAAAUAUUUCUUCUCAAGUGGUUUUUAACUGCAAUGAUUUAAUUGGCAAUAUACUACCUGAUGGUUCUGAGCCCAGAUUAAACUGAGAAAAUCUUCCAUGAUAAUUUAACAGACCUGUGUAUAAUGUCUCUCAUAUCUGAGUGUACGUUAAGACUGGAGCAAAAUUACAUAUACUUUAUAUAUUGAUACAUUUUUAUCUUUAGUCAGAAGAAUAGUCUCUGAGAAGAUAAAUUCAUACUUUGACAAGGCGCAUUGUUCUGGAAAAUAUAAUCUUUAACCCUUUAACCAUAUCCAGCCCAAAUUUUCCACUUGUUUUAUUUUCAAACAGGCCAGAUCUGGUUUCUCACACCUAUCCAACAAUAUGCAAUCACGUCACCAAAACCUCAAAGCUACCAGAUAAAGCAUGGUUAAUUCAAAGCAAUGGGAAUAAGCAUUACAUUUGACAAAGUACUCUGAAGGCUGAAGAGUAAAAGAAAUAUUUCUUUGUUGUAAAUUACAACGCGAAAAAAAAAAAAAAAAAAAAAUUCUGCAGUGUCUAAUUAACAAGACUUUUAUUAUGGAGAAGAAAGUGUGUGAAAGCGAGGCCUAUGAUAAAACACAACUUGAAAAUAUUGAUGUUUCUCCUGAAACUAAGGAAGAAAAACCAAAGAAAUCAUAUUCCUGUGACUUAUGUAAGAAGACAUUCAAAAACAAAAGUCAGUUAAUCCAACAUAAAUUAAUUCACAGAGGUGCAAACCUUUACCAUUGUGAAAUUUGCAGUAAAACAUUUUCUCAUAGUAGUCUUUUAUCUAUGCAUGUACGUAUUCACACAGGAGAGAGGCCCUAUCACUGUACUAUCUGUGGUAAAACGUUCGCUGUAAGUAGUGCGUUUUCUCGACAUAAACGCAUUCACACAGGUGUGAAACCACACCACUGUAAUAUUUGUGGUAAAGCAUUUUCUGAAUCUAGAAACUUAUCCAUCCAUAUACGUAUUCACACAGGUGAGAAGCCCCACCAUUGUGAUGUAUGUGGUAAAUCAUUUUCACAAAGCGGUCAUUUGUCUAACCAUAUCCGUAUUCACACAGGGGAGAAGCCAUACUGUUGCGUUGUCUGUGGAAAAGCUUUCACUGAAAGUAGUAGUUUAUCUAGCCAUAAACGUCUUCACACUGGAGAAAAACCAUAUCAGUGUGAUAUCUGUGGUAAAUCAUUCUCUGUCUCCAAAUAUUUAUCAAAUCACAAAUAUAUUCACUCAGGUGAGAACCAAUGUUACUGUGAUAUCUGUGGUAAAACAUUCUCUAAUUUUAACACUAUGUUUUGCCAUAAACAAAUUCACACAGGUUUUAAAUUAUAUCAUUGUGAUAUUUGUGAUAAAACAUUUUCUCACAAAAGGAAUUUACUUCGCCACAAACACAUUCACACUGGAGAGAAACCAUACCACUGUGAUAUUUGUAGUAAAAAAUUUUCUGAAAGAAGCAAUUUAUUUCGCCAUAAACGUAUUCACACUGGAGAAAAACCAUAUCACUGCGAUAUCUGUGAUAAAACAUUUUCUGAAAGGAGCAAUUUAUUUCGCCAUAAACAAAUACAUUCAGGACAGAAAUCAUACUAAUGUGAUGUAUGUGCUUAAAUUUUAUCUGUAAAUUAUAUUUAAUAAUAUAUUAGAAAUUGUUCUCUAAGCUACCAUACAGUAAUAUAUGAUACCAGUAAUAUAUGUGGAGAGAAACAUUGGCUGGAAAUAAACAAUUGAGUUCCCAUGCUACAGUACCUCAAUUUGUUCACUAUACAUGCCAUGAUGUGUUGUUAUAUUAUCCUUGAUUAUUUUGUCAGAGCAGGAAAAUAUUCCUACCAUGAUAGGAGUUAUGUGGAAGACAUUGAUACCCUCAUUAUUUGCUUACAUUCGGUUUUCCAUGCUUGCAUAAGUUGGCUUGGUCGGCACAAUCUCUUGCUACUUGUCAUAAUCCUUUGUUGUCUAAUAUAACAGAAAAUUAUCAAUUUUAUGGUUGUGUACAUCAUCUCUGCAUGUCUUCUCACUGUGAAUGCUUAGGUAAUGGUGACAUUUCUUUAUGUUUCACAAAUAUAUCCUGUACAUCAGCAGUUCAGUGUGUGAAAACCAGUGUAAUAAAACUUGGAACAAAUAAGGGUUGGCAUCAGGAAAGGCAUCUGACAGUAGAACAUUGCCUUGGAAAAAAUGCAAAAAAAAAAAAAAAAUGCUGGUGACGUUUUUGCUAUCACUAAUCCCUUUUCAGCAUGUACUGGGUGCAUUUUAUCAUGCCCUAUACCCCAGUAAAAUAUAUGUGAACCAUGUGUAAAUUUUAGUUACUGUAUAAUUUCCUAGUAUGGUGGUUAAAUUAAACGUAAACUUAUACUCAUCAUUGUAAAUAAAAAUACAUAGUAUUGCCAAAGUCCUGUGAAAAAUAUCCAUGACAAAAAAAAUCUAUGGAAAUAUCA